CCCACUUCCCCACUCCGCUCUUUCCUCCCCCACCGAUCUGGAUCGGGGCAGAUGCCCCGGCCCCGUCGAACGCCGCCGCCGCCCAAAGAACCCCACCCCCUCGCCGGACGCCUCGCCUUCCUCCACUCCUCCCCCUCUCUCUGCUGGAUCCGGGCGAUCCACGUCGCCCCUGACCCUGCCUCCCCGACAACCGCCACGACAACCCUUGCCUCUGCCCCGACGGCAGCCAGUGCCCCUGUCGCUCGACGCCGUUCCCCGUCGCCUCCUCACCCUCGUGCGGGCCUGCCCCGUCCCCGCCUCUCCAUCGCCGGCCAACCCCGAGACUCGCCGCCCCCGCUUCCCUCCAUCGCUGACCCCGAGACUGCCGCUGAUGCCGCUGUGUUCAACUACGUCGAUGGCGACCCCUUCUUCUUGUCUGAGCAACCAGAUGGUGGAGCCUAGGAUCUAGACGACACCACCGACGACUACUACUACCCCGAGGGUGCCUACUAUUACGUGGAGGCCGCCGACGACCAGGAGUAGUUAGGAGGCUCCCAGGCAGGAGGCCUUGCCUUUUUGAUCGUUGUUGCUUUUGUGCUAGC